CUCCUUGCGCGAAGAGCCCGUUCACUCGCUUAGAGCCAGCUGUGUGCAGAGCGGAGUGGAGUCAGUGGACUCGUAUCUUCGGUGUGUCUGACAGCUCACAGCUUCAGCUUUUCAGACUUGGGACAUGUGCCUACGUUUUGGCAACCACCGCAUGGAAUAUUGAUUUUCGUUUUUCUUUAAUGGAAUAUCAUGAAAAUUGGAAACGCCCGUCUUAAUUAUUAAGAAAAUAGUAACUAAGAAGGAUGGCAUCUCCUGUAAUUUUUACCGGGACUUUAAAUGGAAGGAAUGUAUUUCAUUAUAUUAGCAUUAUUUGCAUACUUUUGAUCUGCGGUAUUCAAAAAGAUGCGAUGAUUGCCAGCCAGAAUACUGCAGCUACAUUGGCCACCAGCCUGAAUACUACAGCUGCAUCCUCUGGCAGCCUAAAUACGACAGGUUCAUCCUCUGCCAACCAGACAAUGAAAGAUAUGUACUAUAUUUUCACAUUACAAGUAAAUACUACUUUGGAUAAUACAACUGAAGAAACUGUUUUGAAAACGCUUCAAAAAGUAUUAAAUAAUUCAGGAUGUAAUUUUUCAUUAAGCCUUUCAGACAACUGCAUUCCGUUUACGAUUUAUCCAGUGAAAUGUAAUUUUACAGGAAACACAAGUUUUGCCAAUUGCACUGCUGUUAUCAGUAUGAAAGACAAAAAUGACACAUGCAUUAUAGAAGGACUUCUUUCAAAUAAUUCUGAGAAUGCUACUCUACAACUCACUCUUAUCGGAGGCGUACAACUUGCUACUCCAUGUAUACCAAAUGCAAACAUUAGUUACAUGGAUAUUUUUACAUCAUUUUUUAAUCUGAGCAAUAACUGUAGUUCAAAUGGUACUGACACAGGGAAUGUGUCAUUUGUGUUUAGUGACCCUCAAAGCUGCACUGCAUUUCCAGGAAUUUCAACUACUGGCCCAUCCUUUCCUACAGCUGGAGCUACAACUAAAGGCUAUGUCAUUUUUGUUAAUAGCGGAUCAUUGUCUUCUACAACUAAAAUCCCAAGCAAUGGGCCAAAGUUUACUUCAAAAGUUAAUGUUACACAGCCAGCCACCACUACUACAGGGAGUCUUUCUGAAAAUUUGGCUUCAGGCAUUUUUUAUUUUGUAUUUGUAAAUACCACCAACAUAUUUGACUUUCAGUUCAGUUCAAUGUCAAGUGGCAUGAUGUGUAUAAUAAACAAUAUGAGUACACAGAAUAACUUAUCAACUGCAAGCAAUUGUUCAUUAAAGUGUCUGAACGAAAGUUCCUCUGAACAGAACAACAGUUCAAGUUACCAGACUUGCACCAUCCUUCUGAAAGCAACCACAAUGAAUUAUGCUUGCUCGAUUUUUGAAAUGUUUGAAAACUAUUCAAAAGUUGUAAACAUUUCUAUAUUAGAUGCCAGCUCCUGUAAUUAUACAUACUCCUUUAAUGCCUCAGUACCUACAUCAUAUCAGGAGUUUCUGAAUUUUUCUAUGGAGCUGAACAAAACAUGUCAAAACAAUGCAUCAGCUUCUCUCACUACAGCUAAUAUUCAAGAUUGUUACAUAGCAACCACAGGAAACCAGACACCAUGUGGUAACUGUCCUUCAGUUUGUUACUAUAAAUCUUUAGCCUUCUUAAGUCUAACUGCAAAACCUAAUGCUAGUGACGAGGCGAUCUUAAAAGAGCUGAGUGACACUCUAUCUACAAUUAAUGGGAAUGUGACAAGUCAAAACAUUUCACAGAACAUUUAUUCAUUCACAUGUCAAGUCCAUAAUCAGAGUGGGAUUAACUGUACAGCUGUUGUAGUACUCCCAACAAAAACAAAUGACACAUUUCGUUCAAUCAGUAUUACAUCUAUAAGUAUGACAUUUGUGGAUACAUGUAUACCUAACACUUAUACACGAGGCCUCCUGAACUACACAUGGUCUUCUUCAAGCUCUAAUGGUCCUAAUAUAUGUUCAAGGAACGUAUCUGGUAAUGCAUGCAACUCUGGACUGAUCACCUUGUUUAAUUUGAAUGGUGCAUCACCCACUGUGCCUUCUACAACUCUGGUGAACACAUUAGUAAACUGGCAGAACACAACAUCAAGCAGUGGUAACAGUUCAGAAGAAGAUGUUUUAGGUUUGAUAGAAAACUUUGACCCAUCUAAUCCUGAACUGUUGCUUAAUGCCUUGGAUGGACUAUUAAACCAGCCCAGCAUCACAGUUCGUACUGCUGGGAUAGUUGUUUCAGCUGUUGGGACAAUGCUGAACAGCUCUGCACCUAAGGUUGUCUCAUAUUCCACAAGGAUCACACAAAUGGUGGACAAGGUUGGCCUUAAACUAAACCUGACAGAAGAUUUUGUAAACCUGACAUCAUCUACUUCCUUGGCUGUUGCUGUGAAAAAAGCAAAUGGCAAUAACUUUACAGAAUUAGUUUUUUCAGUGGAAGACCCUGACAAUUUACAGGUCACUCUGGGAAGUUCACAAUCUUUCUUUGAUGGAGGAAGUGUUACCUUUCCAGCUUCACUUUUGUCAAAUGUUUCACAAGGAAACAGAGAGUUGGUGUCCAAGGUCCAGUUUAACUUUUUUAAAAAAACCUACGUAUUUCAGGAUAAUUCCCGUGCAAAUUUCUCUCUAAAUAGUUUUGUGGUGGGAGCAAAUGUGCCUAACAUAUCUCUUACAAAUCUGAAAGAUAACGUUACUGUUCUCUUCAAGAAUAUUAACACAGCAAAGAACAAUGACACAGUGUUGUGUGUUUUCUGGAACUACAGCAAAUUUUUGACUAAAGGAGGAUGGGAUGAGACGGGUUGCUCUGUAAAGACUAAAACAGCCAAUAGCACUACAUGCCAGUGUAACCAUCUUACAAGCUUUGCUGUUCUCUUGGGCUCAUCACUAAAUUAUCAACCAAAUAUAGUUCUAACUUACAUCACAUUCAUUGGCUGUGGCAUUUCAUGCAUUUUUCUUGCAGUUACUAUACUUACCUACUUGUUAUUUGAAAAAAUACGGAAAGACUAUCCUGCCAAAAUUUUAAUUCAGCUUUGCCUAGCAUUGCUAGGUUUAAACCUGGUGUUUCUUAUUGAUUCAUGGAUUGCUAUAUACAAGGAUGUACCAGGACUAUGCUUUGCUGUUGCUGUGUUCCUUCAUUAUUUCCUCUUGGCCUCUUUCACAUGGAUGGGCCUUGAAGCUUUCCACAUGUAUCUAGCACUAGUCAAAGUGUUUAACACCUACAUACAAAGAUAUAUGUUGAAAUUCUGCAUAGUUGGCUGGGGACUUCCUGCAGUUGUGAUUGCAAUUGUUAUUGGAAUAAGCCGAGGCAACUAUGGACUGGUAACAUACAGCAAAGUCUCAGAUGGCUACACAGAUGAAUUCUGCUGGAUCAAAAAUGACACUGCAUUUUACGUAUCCGUUGUGGCCUACUUCUGUGUGGUGUUCCUUAUAAACCUUGGAAUGUUUAUCGUUGUGCUGAUCCAGCUGUGCAGGAUUAAGACUCAGAAGCACAACCACCUUCAGAGAAAUACCUUUCGGGACAUGAAAAGUGUGGCAGGCCUGACGUUCUUAUUAGGAAUCACCUGGGGUUUUGCAUUGUUUGCAUGGGGUGAUGCCAACUUACCAUUUAUGUAUCUGUUUACAAUUUUCAACACACUGCAAGGAUUUUUUAUCUUCAUUUUCCACUGUGCAACCAAAGAAAAUGUUCAAAAACAGUGGAGGAGAUAUCUGUGUUGUGGAAAACUGAGACUUACUGAAAACUCAGAAUGGAGCAGGACAGCAACAAACUACACCAAAAAACAGUCUGUCCAUCAUCCGAUAACUUCCCUUUCUUCAAACUCAAGUUCAUUAAAUUCUCAUCCAACAUCCAGUGGUUCAAGUUCAUACUUAGUGACCAAUGAAUAUGGCGCAAAUUCAAAUGGCAUUCCUUACGACAGUGGCGUGCAGGCACCAAGUACACCUACUGAUGAUGUCGUGCUUAAUGAAACCUACUACAAGAAACUGCAGUUGGGUCUGAAGGAGGAAAAUGGUUACAAAACACCUAGCAUUUCCUUGAGGAGGACCUCCAAAAAGCGAGGAAGUAUGACAUACAGUGAUGACAUGUAAUAUCUGCUCUUCGUUCUGCUUUUGAUAGACUGCCUAUGUUGACAGGGUGGGUGCUCAGUAUUUCAUUAAUGGCUUUGCCUCUGUACUUUUGUUAGCUUUUUAUGGAUAUUGCUUGAUAUUCAGUUUAAUUCUAAGGAAAAAUAAUUCUUGCACUAAGGUUGACAGUUUAUGCAACUGGUUUUGAAUGUAAUAUAAAAAAAACAUCAAUAAACUUUCAUAGCGCGUUCUUGUUAGACUAACCAGAUAUUAAACUGGAGCACAUGCUUGUACAGUAGAUGCUGGUAUAUAUUGGCUGGCACUGUUGGCAUCUUUGGUGUAGCGCCAGGGUUCAAUUCGUCACCCAGUCACUGCCUCUUCACCCCUUGUCUGUGCAGGUGUCCUCCUGACUCUGUGGCUUCACUCCACAUCCUAAAGGUGUGCACAUUUGUUUGACUGGGCAGUGGUGCCUUUAAGUGGCAGGGACAGGGGCUAAUAACUGUGCAGAGUUUCCACAUUUUCAUCAUGCCUUCCUACUCCAUUUCUCCACAUAAAUUGUAAAUACUUGUGAGUUAGGUUACCUGGCUGCACUUUAUUGGCCCAGAGUGUGUCUCCUGUAAUGGAUUGGUGACUCCUGCCUUGAAGUCACACUAUGGCUCACAGUGACUUGGCAGUAGAAGUUAUGAAUGGAUGCAUAUACAGCAUUGUACCUGGCACUGCUUCUAAUGAUAGUGAAUGAAGUGGCCUUUAUGUAUUUUUAGCAGUGAUUCCUGAAUAUUUGAGGCCGCUGACAUUUUUUAAUAUUGGCUAGAUGAGUAGGCCACAACUAUUGUAGAUAUGAAAAAGAGUAGUUUGAUUAAGUGUGGCUCAGUGGUGCAGUGGUAUCUCUGCUGCCUUGUAGUGAAAGAGACCAGAAUUCAUGUCUCCGGUCCUCACUGUGUAGAGUUUGCAUGUUCUCCUCAUGUCAGUGUCGGUUUCCUCCGGGUGCUUCUGUUUCCCCCCACAGUCCAAAGAAUGCAGGUUAGGUGGACUGGAGAUGUUAGAUUGGCCUGAGUGUUUGUGUGUGGUGAAUAUGCACCCUGCGAUAGAUUGGCACCUUGUCCAGGGAUUGUACCUGUCUUAUGUCGUUUGCUUGAUGGGAUAGGCUCCAGCUCCCCAGCAACCCUGCUCAGGAUAAAGUGGGGUGGUUUGAUUAAAACAGAAGUUGUCUGAUGUAGUCAAUGAAGUAAUGUCCUGUGUUUACAUGGCAGUCACUUAUAACCAGCUACACUUGUAUAAACUUUAUCGUGGUGUAUAAUAAAGUCAGGAGAACAGUUGCAGCCCAGAGUUGCCAUUUUGUGCGAGGUGUGGGCCUCACCUGAUUGCCCUGCAGACAUGUGUACAAGGAGUAAAGCUCUGAUCCAUAUUACAAAGGUGUAUUUUACAGGACUCUGAUGGACUGAUGGUCUCUUUGGGGCUGUUGUCUGCCUUGUGCCUAGUGCUGCCAGGUUAGGCUCUAGCCAAACCUGUGGUACCACCUUUGACUAAUCAGAUUUGAGAAUGUUAUAUUACGUUAUGUUAUUUUACAAAACUUCUUCAAUUACAUUUUCCUGUGCUUUUAUUUAAAAUGAUGACGGGAGAUUUUGAAUCGAUAUUUCUCCUGGGGUAAAUACUGAAACUAAUAAAUGAACAAAUGCUCCCUGUCUGGUCUUACUGGCAACUUUCUGUAGAUUUUAAGAUUAAGCCAUUAGGCAUAGCUACUCUUCUACAAAUUAUCUUUUCUUUUUUCUUAUUUUUAUGCAUUUUUUUCUCAUAUCACAUUCUAAUGUAUUUUAUACAUUUUUAAGUAUGGAAUCUGAUUGAAUAAUGAGUCAUAAUUUAUAAAUUCUAUAAAAGUGUUUUUAUUCAAUACUGUUAGAGUGCAUUUUGGAUAAUUAGGAUUUAUAUUAAAAUAUUGGUUGUUUUCUAGAA